AUGGCUGAUCAGCAAACUGAACGAGCUUUUCGCAAGCAGCACGCGGUUGUUGUGGUGCGCCGCAAGAAUCCCAACUUGAAGAAACGGCCACGCUUCUAUCGUCAAAUUGGCCUGGGCUUCCGAGCUCCGGCCGAGUCCCGCCUGCCACCCCGAACCCGAUUCCAAACUAACCAGAACGAGCGCGCCUUCCAAAAACAAUUCGGUGUGAACUUGAACCGUAAGGUCAAGCCCGGCAUCACCAAGAAGAAGGUCCUGCGCCGUUACCGCGAUGUUGGUCUGGGCUUCAAGACCCCCCGUGAGGCAAUUGAUGGCACCUACAUUGACAAGAAGUGCCCCUGGACCGGCGAUGUGAGGAUUCGUGGCCGCAUCCUGACCGGUGUUGUCCGCAAGGCUAAGAUGCAGCGUACCAUUGUCAUUCGUCGUGACUACCUGCACUUUGUGCGCAAAUACAGUCGUUUCGAGAAGCGUCACCGAAACAUGAGCGUCCACUGCUCGCCCGUUUUCAGGGAUGUUGAGCAAGGCGACAUUGUCACCAUUGGUGAGUGCCGUCCUCUGUCCAAGACUGUGCGCUUCAACGUUCUGAAAGUGAGCAAGGGUCAGGGAGCCAAGAAGAGCUUCAAGAAGUACUAAAUGUUGCGGACGACUAUUCGGAAAAGAUAAUAUUUGUAGCAUUUAUUCUUUUUGAAUAAAACUAAAAUGUAAAUUUA